UCUUGUUCAGUAUUGGCCAGUAGAACGAUCGAUGGCUGUUAGCACUGGCGCGAUGGCAUCACCAAAUUUUCGCACAGGAUGCUCACGUGCGGCAGCUCACCAGGAAUUUUUUUUGAUGGCAUAGAUUUGAGAUGCCCUACACCUUCACCACCAACCCCAUCCCACCACCACCAUGCCUCAAAACGAAUAUAUCGAGCAGCACAUCAAGCAGCAUGGUAAGAGAUUGGACCAUGAGGAGAGAAAGAGAAAGAGAGAGGCCAGAGAGGGCCACAGAAUAUCCAAGGAUGCUCAGAACUUGACUGGUUGGAGAGCCAAGCAGUUCGCCAAGAAGAGAUACUCGGAGAAGGUGGCCAUGAAGAAGAAGAUCAAGGCGCACCAGGAGUCCAAGGUCAAGGGACCUUCGACCCCCAAGGCCGACGAUGGAGAGGCCUUGCCUACAUAUCUUUUGGAUCGUGAGAACAACAAUACUGCCAAGGCCAUAUCGUCUUCCAUCAAGCAAAAGAGAUUGGAGAAGGCCGACAAGUUCUCAGUGCCUUUGCCUAAGGUCAGAGGUAUCUCCGAGGAGGAGAUGUUCAAGGUCAUCAAGUCUGGUAAGUCCAGAACCAAGGCCUGGAAGAGAAUGAUCACCAAGCACACCUUCGUGGGUGAGGGUUUUACCCGUAAGCCAGUCAAGAUGGAGAGAAUCAUCAGACCUGCUGCCUUGAGACAAAAGAAGGCCAACGUCACCCACCCUGAGUUGAAGGUGACCGUCUUCUUGCCUAUUUUGGGAGUCAAGAAGAACCCCCAAUCCCCCAUGUACACACAGCUUGGUGUUUUGACCAAGGGUACCAUCAUAGAAGUCAACGUUUCGGAAUUAGGAUUGGUGACUGCCGGUGGUAAGGUUGUUUGGGGUAAGUACGCCCAGAUCACCAACGAGCCAGACAGAGACGGAUGCGUGAAUGCUGUUUUGUUGGUUUAAUAUCGUCUCUACCAAUCGGACGUUUUAUUAACCAUGGCCACUCCCAAGUAUACUUCUCCACACAGAUCUGCUCAGAUUUCACACAUUGUAUUUUAGCAAGAGAAUUUUUAUAUAAUUUCUUCUCUAAUUAGUUAUUGCAUGGGUUUUGAUAUUAUACAGUAG